AUGAUCGGUGCUACUAGGCGCUGGUUCCGGCGCAAUCGCAAAGGUCUCGCGAUCGGGGCUGGCGUGAUCGGAGCCGGUUACCUCGCAGGACAAUAUGUGCUCUCCAAAAUUUCAGAAGCACGGGAACGUAUGAGCAGUGACCGGAUCGCUCGGGAGAAUUUACGGCGACGUUUCGAACAAAACCAAACCGAUUGCACCUAUACCGUUCUUGCUCUCUUACCGACUGCUGCAGAAGAUAUUGUCGACGCUCUUCCUGUCGAGGAAUUGACGAAGGAGCUCCAACGAAAGCGAGCAGAGAGGUUAGCUCGGCUCAGUGCCGGGGAAGGGACCGGAUCAGAUCUAAGCUCUGUAUCCCCCAGCUUACCGGAGGAUGACCGUCGGAGCCUAUCCAGUUUUCAGAGUGAUGGAUUCGUCCGCACAAGCCAAAUGGGAGAACCUUCCGUUGAGGGCGAUGGCGAGGCGCGACCGAAACGGAAUAAGACACAGCUUUGGAACGAGGUCAAAAUCACCUCUAUCACCAGGUCCUUCACUCUAGUCUAUACCCUUUCUCUUUUGACACUCUUUACGCGAAUCCAACUUAACCUACUCGGCCGUCGGAAUUAUCUUUCCAGCGUAAUCUCUAUGGCGACACCUCCUGCCAAUGAGUCGACGAUCAGACUAGAGGACCAUGACGAUGAUGACCUUACACAGACUUUGGGAAAUGAUUUUGAGACCAAUCGUCGCUAUCUUGCCUUUAGUUGGUGGUUGCUUCACCGAGGCUGGAAGCAAUUAAUGAACGAGGUACAGACUGCCGUUACAGAGGUCUUUGGCCCCCUGAACCCUCGGGAAGAUGUGUCGUUGGCGAGGCUGUCUGAGCUAUUCCUGGAAGUCCGGAAGAGAGUGGAGGGACAUACUGAGGAGGAGAGAAAGCACACAUUGAUCCAGCAAUGCACCGCCGAUGCUUUCAAGUCGACUUCACAACCUUCGCCGAGCGUUCCCCAAUCAUUUACUUCAGUUGCCACGGUUGUCCCGGGAGCUGAUAGCUCCGAGCCGAAGGCAAAGUUAGCUAACGUUCUGGCGGUUUUAGCCCGGCAGGCACAUGUGAUUGGUAAUGGUACAAACCCGCCAAAUAUUUACCUAAAUGCGAUGGACCAAGGUGUGCGAGAGUUAGAAGCCUUCGCUGCUGUAGUGUAUAGCUCUAACUUCGAUUUUGAGCUGGUUGGGUCCGGAACGAAAAUUGAGUCUCCAGGAGAUGAGACACCUGGUUCCGACACGGUGUUGAUCGAGAAAGAGGAUUAUGACGAACUUGACCGCAGUCAGAUUCAACAACCGUCGACCACAGGGCCCGGUGCGAAUUCGGCAUUUGAGCAUGCGUGGGGAAAGGCAGUGGAAGAGCAGCCGUCGACUGCUACCUGCUUGCCUGACCAUGAGCAUGAUGCUGACUUACGAAUCGCGCGACCAGAGCAACUCACUCCUCAAGAUGACAAGAUCGAAGGCCAUGUCAAUGCCCUACCGACUGAUCUUCCCCAGCUGAGGAAUACUACGGAGCGCAAGCUUAUGGCUAAAAUAGAUUGGCACCUUAUGCCUUGUCUAUGUGUCAUGUAUCUGCUCGCAUUCUUGGAUCGCGUGAAUAUCAGUAACGCGGCAGUCCUCGGUCUACAAGAAGACUUGAAUAUAGUUAACGGGACGAAAUACAAUACUGCACUGACCAUAUUCUUCGUUCCAUAUGUCAUUUUCGAAAUCCCAUCCAAUAUCUUGCUUAAGAAGCUGAGACCCCAUGUAUGGUUGACGGGAUGUAUGUUUUUGUUCGGUCUGGUUACGAUCUGUCAAGGCCUAGUCUCUAAUUGGGGUGGGCUGAUGACGACUCGGUGGUUUUUGGGAAUGUUUGAGACAGGCAUGUUCCCUGGUUGUUUCUAUCUCUUGGGAAUGUGGUACAAACGGAGCGAGGCACAGAAGAGGUUCAGUUUCUUCUUCAGCUCGACCACACUUGCGGGCGCCUUCGGUGGCUUGCUGGCUAGCGGGCUUGGAAAGAUGGAUGGAAUUCGUGGCUACCGAGGCUGGCGCUGGGUCUUUAUAAUUGAAGGCCUGAUUACUUGUGUCGUCUCGCUUGCCUGGUUCUUUGUUAUUCCUGACUUCCCCGAGGAGGUCAAAUGGCUCACCGAUGAAGAGCGCGAAUUCCUGAAGGCAAAACUAGCCAAAGACUCGGGGAGCGCCGGUCAUGAUGCUAAGAUAGGUUGGCGCGAAGUAUUGGAGGUCUUCAAAGACUACAAGAUAUUCAUCGGUGGCUUGAUGUACUUCGGUCAGGUUGUCACAGCAUAUGGAUAUGCCUACUUUGCGCCAACCAUUAUCAAAAGUUAUGGCUAUGAUGCAAUCAAGACUCAGCUGUAUUCGAUCCCACCAUGGGCAGCCGCUUGGGGAUUUUCCAUGUUGGUGGCCAUUCUCUCUGACAAAACCAGACAUCGCUUUGCCUUUACUAUAGUGCCCAUGCUAAUUGCCAUGGCUGGCUUUGGAAUCCUGUUGAAUGUACACGGACAGGCCCAUCGAAAUGUUCAAUAUGGCGCCUUAUUCAUGGUUACAAGUGGAUGUUACAGUGCAAUGCCGGUCAUUGUUUGCUGGUUCGCGAUGAACCUAGCAGGCCAUCGUAGGCGAAGUGUGGGAACGGCCUGGCAAAUUGGAUUUGGAAAUAUUGGUGGUAUUAUAUCGACGUAUGCCUUCUUGAAAAAGGAUGCACCAGAAUACCGGCCAGGAUAUAUCAUCAGCGUAUCGUUCCUUAGCUUUUCGGCGGCCUGUUGUAUGGUCUACUUUGCGGCUGUCUGGUAUGAUAACCGGCGCCGCGAUCAGGCUAUAGCCGAUGGCACGGCUAUACCCAGUGACGAAGAUCAAGAGCUACUGGGCGAUAUGGCGUUAAACUAUCGCUAUAACUAUUAG